AUGAACAAGACCCAAGUCUCUACAGCUGAAGGAUACCUUGUUUUGACCUCGGAACCAGUCACUGGCCAACCGCCUGCCCAUCACGGCGGAAAGGAUAUUCCGAUCAACUAUCUAUCGGGAGCGAUCCACGCCAAGAAAACAUUCACCGUGCAGGCAGGCGGAGGCUUCGACUUUUCCGCAGAUUUCCUUGCCCCAGUGGACAAAGGCACGUGGCCUGCUUUUUGGUUGACGGCGGUUCAGGGAUGGCCGCCCGAGAUUGAUGUCGCCGAGUGGAAGGGCAGCGGCGAUAUAUCCUUCAACACGUUCAACACCUCGAGUGAAGUCACUGCACUAGAUCUUCCUUACCCAAACCCCGGCGCAGAGCAUACUGUCCGAGCCGAAAUCCGAGAUGCCAACGGUCGGGAUGUUAGCGUCAACUUUUACUUGGAUAACAAGUGGGUUGCAACCCAGCAUGGAUCCAACUACGUUGAUGCGGGGUUAUAUUUCAUCAUAAAUUACCAGAUGGAGGGCUCUUCCGGGUCUCCUGGUCCAUCGACGAGUAGGUUCCUUGUACUCCAGUCUUUGUUGAACAAUUCAUGA